GUCUAGCAGGUCUAGCAAAUUAUAUAGUGGGUAGCUAAUACCUGCAGGUAUUAAUAUGCAGUAGGCACAUAACAGCCUAACAGACAUGACAUGAUUUACCGAUCGACGGUUUACUGUAAUUUGCUUUGGCUUGCAGUCUUUGCAUAUUCAUUUUAUGAGUCAUUUAAUAUUAUAUAAUUUUUUCUAGAGACUGAAUUUUGCAAAAGUGAUUUUUGCAAAAGUUAGAUGCUCAUCUAGUCGUCUGUCAAAUCUCAUAUAAGUCAUGGAUAACCAAUAAUAUCCGUUAUCAGUAGAUUUGACGUUUUUGUUCACCAUUGACCAUUUUGUAUUAUCAACUCACGUUGGAGUCAAUUUAGCAAAUUCAAGGCAUCAUUUCGUAUAUUAGUUUCGUUCAGUCCUGAACAAAAAAUAUUAAAUAUCUAUAAAUAUCUCUACUAGUGGGGAUUGCAUGUUGUUGGGGGCUUCUGAACUCUCCAUUAGGUUUUCAGGUAUUUCGAUGAAAUUUAAUUUUUGGAUGAUCAUUAAUAUUUUGAGAAAGAUGAAGAACGGCUUAAUAAAAAUUGUAGGCAGAUUUUUUUUUUAUAACUCAAAUAAAAGUGUCUGACUUUAAGAAAUCUUAACAAAGUCUAAAGUAGCUCUAACUUGAAUGCCGUCUGCAACAAGCUUUAUAACCGCAGUGCGACAAUAAAAUAUGUCUAACCAGUGCUCACUGGGUGAUAAAGUUGUACCUUAAUCCGCAUUCAAUUAUCCACGCUUCAAGUUUAUUAGAAGAAAUUUAAUAACCCGGUCGAAACCAGGGAAAACAACUGAGCAUUGUAUAUUAAUUGUAGACAUGUUUCGGAAAGUGUUCAGGUAGAAAACAUCGCAGUAAUCAGUCCUUAUCACGUGUAAAUGAAGCAAUUAUUUGUUGGGAGAUCGUGACAAAUUGGCGCUGUGUAACAUUGUUUAAGGUUGCUAUAUUGGCGCCUUAUUAAAGUCGCCCAGUCUUUGCCCGGCGCGCCAUUAUGUACUGAACCUCGGCGCGGAUUUGGAAACGAUAAUGAAAAUACUCCUGAUAUUCUGCAUCUCUAUACUAAAAACGUGCCGGUCAGAUGUGCAGCUAGGACAACUGGAAGCCAGUGCCAAACAGGGACUAAGAAAUGGUUUUAAUAGAGAAGCUUUUCUUGAUAGAAGAGAAAACAGAGACCAAAACAUAGCGAGAGCUGGAAACAUCGCUAGAGCGCCAAAUAUUGAACAUGCGGAACAUGUGCGAGGAGUGAACAUCGCGAGACAAGGCGCACUUGGUGAAGUUGAACUCACUCACAGUGCAGGCCCUAAACAGGUCGAUAAUGUAGGAACGUUAGGUAGUAUGGCUGGUAAAUUGCCUUCCGCAAAAAAGAAUCGAGAAGCUGGAAUGAAUCAAUACGGUCAAAAUUUAGUUCAUAAGCCACCUAUCGAAACUCGAGCGAGUGAAGCCACCACAAAACCAACAAAUUUCGAAAAAGAGCCUCCCGAUGUUAAUAAUAAUCAAAGAAAAGCUGCCAUAAAUCAACGGGCUAAUUUUGUAAGAGCAUAUGACUACAACAGAAGAGUACCUCGUGGUAGAGCUGAAGACUAUGGUUUUGGGCCCUAUGUUAACAGAGUUGAUAAUGUUAAUCGAAAACCUAAUGAGCCCGGUAAUCCAGAUAUUGCCAGGUUUGGUAAGUACGUUGAAGUCCUGCCUGUGGUGGAACCGAAAUACAACCUUCAACGACAUGGUUACUCACAUCCAGACCCAGAAAUUGAAAACAACCUUCGGCAAUCUUUUAUGCCGACUGUGGAAGCCCUUCCAGAUAUUAGUCUUACUCAAGACGGCAGUAAAGGUGGUCGUACUGUCAAUAGUGAUGCAAAUACGGCCAUUGACGACUUCGAAUACGUCUUGGCUCCUGACUAUGAAAACGAAAACAUUAAUCCUCUGAACAAUAAUGUUGCCGUUGGAACUUUUCCAACAUAUCCCACAUUUAACGAUAGUAACAUAGACAAAGGUACUGAUGUAGACAAUGACACCUAUGCCGACCAGAGUGAAAUUUCAAAUCGCAUAUUUGGUAGUAUGAAUACGAAUGAUUACAACUAUGAGGACGACUCGGGCUAUCAGGGAGUUCUCAAUAAUAUUGCUAAGAUGUUUAAGAAAAAGAGCCAAGCGGGUAGCGGUGGUGGUGGCUACGGUAGUAGUGGUGGCUACGGUAGUAGUGGUGGCUACAGUAGUAGUGGUGGCGGCGGCGGCGGUGGCGGAUCCAGUGGUUUUAAUGGUUGUUGUGGGGGUUUUAGUGGUGGUUUCGGUGGUGGUUUCGGCGGCUGCGGCGGUUGUUGGGGUGGUUGCGGCGGUUGUUGGGGUGGCUGCGGAGGAGGCGGUGGUAUGAGAGGUUGCUGUAACAACAUGAAAAGUGAAAGUAAAACCUGUAAAUUUAAUUGUAAAAAAGAAUCAUCGAACAGUUGUAAUUGUAAACCUACACAGAUAUGCUAUUGCGUUGACAGAACCGAAAAGAACUUCAUCGAGCACAGCGAACAUCAUUACAACCACAAUUAUGACCACAAUUUCGACCAUAGUAUAAACCACAACUCCGAACACAAUUUCGACCACAGUAUAAACCACAACUACGACCACAAUAUUAACCACAACUACGACCACAAUAUUAACCACAACUACGACCACAAUAUUAAUCACAACUACGACCACAAUAUUAAUCACAACUACGAACAUAACUACGAACACAACUACGAACAUAACUACGACCACAAUUAUGAUCACAAUUUCGAUCACAGUAUAAACCACAACUACGACCAUGAUUUCGACCACACUAUAAACCACAACUACGACCACAGUAUAAACCACAACUACGACCACAAUUUCGACCACAGCAUAAACCACAACUUCGACCAUAACAUUAACCACAACAUCGACCACAACUACGACCAAAAAGUCAAACACAAGGUCGAGCAUAACAUUAACCACAUCGAACACAACUAUGAACACAAAGUCGUCAACCACAAAACAGACAUUCAACAUGAAACUGACUUCAACCACAAUAUCGAGUUCAACCACAACCAGGAAGAUAUCGACAUCAGAGACAACGAAAUCGAUACCACUUGCCAUAAAUGCAUUCAGGAGAAAAAGAUCGAUACUACUUGCCAUAAAUGCAUUCAGGAGCAAAAGAUCGACACUACGUGUCAUAAAUGCAUUCAAGAGCAGCAUAAAACUGAUACUACUUGUCAAAAUUGCAUUAAUGAGCACAAGACUAAUAACUGUAAUCAAUGUACCAGCAUUAAAACACAAAAAACCUGCUCAUGCACAAAUGGGAAUUGCAAGUGUGAGAAAACUACUUCUAAUAACGGUUGUAAUUGUGAUCUUAAUAAUGCGCACAAAAUUACCACCAACCAAAUUAUAGAUGCCAACCAACAUUUAAACGUUAUUCAAAAUCACAAUCAUCAAAUAAAAACUCAAAUAAAUCAUCAAAUCAACCAAAUGAAUAAAAAUCAUCAAAUGAACUACAACCACAUCAUACACCCCAAUAAUUGCUGCGUCAAUCAGCAACAACAUUCAAAAACCAUUAAAAUGAAGAAAACCUGCACUGUCUGUAACGACGUGAAUUUAGAAAAUGAUGGACUAAACCACGGAACUUUCGGUCACAUCUUCAACGGCGUUGCAAAUGGGCCUUUCCAAGCUAUGAUCCCUGGCGCGCCUUUCAGCAAUUUGUUCGGAGGCUUUGGCGGCGGAAUUAUCACCGGCCGAGGCUCUAGCACUGGAGACCAAAGCAGCUCUAGUGCCGGCUCCUCGGCAGGUGGGACCGCCAUCACCACGUUGACGGACGGGGGGACGGACGAUACCAACAGUAUUACCCUCACCUCUAAAAAAGGCAGCAAGAGUGGCAGUACCUUAGGCAGUAGUAGCUACGGCAACAGCUUGUUCUCCGCCAGUAGCGGCGCAAGCAGCGGCGGCAGCAGCAGCAGUGACUCCAGCAGCGGCAGUGGCGGCGGGUACGGCAAUCAAUUACUCGGUGGAGUCGGUGGUCACGGCAGCGUUUUUGGAUAAGUUAGUAUAGCGUCAAAUAGUAAAUGGUGAAUAAAUUGUUUUUUGAAUUCGUUUCGUAUUUUUUGUUACAUUUAAUGACGCUAUUUCUUCUUUGUUUACUAGUAGCUGAGGAAAAUUAUCCAUUCUGCACGGCUUACGCAUUACUUACUUACCUUUUCUUUGAACAGAUCACAUCCCGAUAGAUUUACAAUGUAUUUUUUCAGUUUAGCUGUUCGUCAUAGAUCUCGAGGUAUAAAAGGUUUUUUUUUUAAUGUAAUUAGGUAUAGAUAGUCUUUGAUACUUUUUGUCUUCAGUUUUAUCUUUUGUACUGCAUAGGUAUAGGCCUUCUAGAAUUGUAUGUUCGUGAGAAAUAGUGUGCCGCUGACUGUAGGUUUUUCUUUAUUCAUAUGUGAGAACAAUGGAAGGAUAUUA